UCCCGUCCACCACAGCGGGCAGAAUCCUUCCAAGGACUCCUCACCCAGCGAGAGAAGGGCUGAGUGAGCGGGAUCGGGUGGCGGCGCCUCCGGCAAGGUGCAGCUGCCGGCCAUCUCCUCUCCCUUGCCCGUGGAAGCGUACGCUCUGGCCAGCGUAGCUCCUCGCCAGCUUGCGCGGCCGAACUGGGCCCUGCCCCCCCAACGUGAACUUCCAGAGGAGACGACUGCUCCUGGAAGAAGCGCAGCACAACGAUCAGGAGCCUGCCCUGCCCUCGGCUCUACAAACGCUACCGGAAAGGCACGUAAUUACUCCUGCAAUGUUGGAAGCGGCGCGCUGCACGUGAUCAGAGCCCUCCUUCUCGGCCCCCCUCCCCGAUGCUGCAGGCAGGAAUCCCGGCGCCCGGGGGGGCUUCUGCUCUUCUAGACGGGGGGGGCAGAGGGAGGGAAUGAUGGGCAAGUGGCCCCACCCAACAGCGGCUCCGCCCUCUCCCUCCGCUUUGAGAGCACAGCCAAUGGGCAAGCGACUGAGGCGGUGACACAGCCGGCGUGGGUGGAUGGGCGAAGUGGCGUGCUGGUGGGGCUGACAGGCACGGAGGGAGCGCGCAGUUGGAGACGCUCCGCUUGUCCGUCGGUCCGUCUAUCCAUCCAUCCAUCAUGGCAUCCAAGUGCCCCAAGUGCGAAAAGACCGUCUACUUCGCCGAGAAAGUAACUUCCUUGGGUAAAGACUGGCACAAGUUCUGUUUGAAGUGUGAGCGCUGCAACAAGACCCUGACCCCUGGUGGGCAUGCCGAGCACGAUGGGAAGCCUUAUUGUCACAAACCCUGUUAUGCAACAUUGUUUGGACCAAAAGGUGUGAAUAUUGGAGGGGCAGGAUCCUACAUCUAUGAUAAGCCCCAGACUGAAGGACAGGUGGCACCAGGCCCUAUUGAGCACAUAUCCAAGGUGGUGGAAGAAAAGAAAGUGAGUGCUGCACCUAAGGGACCCAGCAAAGCUACUAGCAUUACUACCUUCACCGGGGAGCCAAACAUCUGCCCACGCUGCUCUAAGAAGGUCUACUUUGCUGAGAAGGUUACUUCACUGGGCAAGGACUGGCACCGCCCCUGCCUACGUUGUGAGCGCUGUGGGAAGACUCUCACUCCUGGAGGCCACGCUGAGCAUGAUGGACAGCCUUACUGCCACAAGCCAUGCUAUGGGAUCCUCUUUGGACCAAAGGGCGUGAACACUGGUGCAGUUGGAAGUUACAUUUACGAUAAAGAGUCUGAGGCAAAAGACCAACCUUGAGAGCUUUCUCUGUCCAUACACCCUCUCUGCUCAGCCCACAUGCACUUAAUUCUCUUAGGCUAAUCUUGUGUGUUUAGCAUAGUGAAAUCAGCUACUGGCUUGGCCCUGCUGCAGGAACUGAUGAGGUAGCUGUGCCUGUCCUGCUGUCUCCUCCUUGUGCAGGCUAGCGUUAUGUUUCCAUUUUAUAAUAAAGGUUACGCUAUAAAAGCACAAAGAGCUGCCCUUCUCCCAUGGGCCCUCCUUCCCAUUUCACUCUAUCAGUCAUCUAUGCCCUGGACAACUGUCUUGACUGCCAUCGUUCACAUAGCUCCUUGGUGUCACACACAUUGGACUUUGUCCCUGUGACAUCCCAUAGCCAACUGUAGCUCCUGGCUGGUCCUGGCUGUUUAAUGGCUGCAUACCAUGGACAAGCUGAGCAAAAGCGGUGGGAUUUUUUUGAGCCAUCUUCUUCUGGGCCUCCUGGGCCAGAUUUCCAAAGAUCCCUAACUACUGCCUGCUCACUAUAUAAUGUUGCAUCACUGCCUUUAGACCUGGGCAUCCUGGGAGCAGAUGCCAGCAGCAGGCUUGGCCUGGCAACCAACAUAGGCUUCUGCAUGCUUGGAAAGAGCUACACAGCUGGCAUUUCAAAUCCAGUCUGUAUUGAUGGGGAAUCUGUGGGAAUGGUGAACCCUGCUAACAUUCUCCCAGGAGAGGGCUUUUGUCAUAACUUGGGAGAGGAGAUAGGCUAUUUGUCUUGGUGCCUGUGGCCUUCAGCUACCUGUGCAAGAUUUGUGUAUGUUGCUCUCUACUGUCUGCCAAAGGGUAUAUUUGCCCUUUCUUUGUUGUAAAGGUUAAGUAGCCUGCAUUUAUAAAAUGUGAGGGGUAGAUACUUUGUGUCUGUUGCUGGGGGGGAAGAGGAGGGGGACUUUGACUCCUUGCAAAGUAGCCCCUUUUGGGAUGUGCUUCUUGAAGUGUUUGAGAUUUAUUUAUAACCAGAUAGUAAAGUGCUUUUUGCUUUGGAGAAUGGCUUGCCCUUCCCAUGCCCUGGGAUGUUAGCCACACACUAAGAGGCACAACCAGUACCAACCAGGAAUGGGAUCAGAGGCAGCAUUAAUGGAUGUACUUUGCAAUGCCUUACACUGCCCAAAUUGCAGACCACCUUAUUCAACCCAGACUGCCUCUCCAGGCUAACUUUUGCUGUUAAUAAAGGUAUUUGACAAAC